GUGCUUUCAUGACUUCCGGUUUAAAAGAGAGCGUGCUUUGUGCCAGUUAAUAUAAGAAUGGGAGUUCCAGCCUUCUUCCGAUGGCUGAGCAGAAAAUAUCCAUCAUUAGUUGUGAAUUGUGUAGAACAGAAGGGUAAAGUGAUCAAUGGAGUGUCCGUGCCUGUGGACACCUCAGGGCCUAACCCCAAUGAUGUGGAGUUUGAUAAUCUUUACCUUGACAUGAAUGGCAUCAUUCACCCAUGUUGUCAUCCAGAGAAUAAGCCAGCUCCUAAGAAUGAGGAUGAAAUGAUGGUUCUUAUCUUUGAAUACAUCGACAGAAUCUUUGCCAUUGUGAGACCCAGGAAACUGCUGUAUAUGGCCAUUGAUGGAGUGGCUCCUCGUGCUAAAAUGAACCAGCAAAGAUCUCGAAGAUUCAGAGCGUCAAAGGAAUCCUUAGAAAAGAUAGAAGAAAUUUCCAAGAUAAAAAGUGAGUUGGUUUCCAAGGGUUACAAUGUGCCACCUGAGAAGAAACCAGAGGAACAUUUUGACAGCAAUUGUAUCACUCCUGGUACUCCUUUUAUGUUCAGACUGGCAGAGUGCCUGAGGUAUUACAUCCAUGACAGGUUAAACCAUGACCCUGGCUGGAAGAACAUCAAGGUCAUUCUCUCUGAUGCCAAUGUACCAGGAGAGGGAGAACACAAGAUCAUGGACUAUAUACGCAAGCAGAGAGUUCAUGCUGAUCAUGACCCCCAGACACACCAUGUGUUAUGUGGGGCUGAUGCUGAUUUGAUUAUGUUAGGUCUUGCAACCCACGAGCCAUAUUUUACCAUUAUCCGUGAAGAAUUCAAACCAAAUCAGCCUAAACCUUGUGAAAUUUGUGGACAGAUAGGUCAUGAAAUGAAGGAAUGUCUAGGAAUACCCAAGGAGAAGUCAGGGGAGCAUGAUGAGAUAGCCAUGCCUGCUGGUUCAGAGCAAGAGUUUAUCUUCAUCAGGCUCAAUAUACUGAGAGAAUACCUUGAGAGAGAUCUCUUCAUGCCUAACCUUCCUUUUAAAUAUGAAUUUGAGCGAGUUCUUGAUGAUUGGGUAUUCAUGAAUUUUUUUGUUGGGAAUGACUUCCUUCCACAUUUGCCUUCAUUGGAAAUAAGAGAAGGGGCUAUUGACAGGCUGGUGAAGUUGUACAAAAACUGUGUGUACAAAACGGGGGGCUAUUUAACAGAUAGUGGAGUUGUCAAUUUGAGCAGAGUUCAACUAAUCAUGCAAGACUUGGGGAAAGUGGAAGAUGAAAUAUUCAAAAACAGAAGGCAGAGAGAUCUUGACUUCAAACGAAGAGAUAAAGAAAAAAGGAAGAGAGCAAAAAUGUGGAAAAAUUCAGACCGCCCUGCUUGGACACCAGGAGGAGGAUUUGCACCACAGAGAAUUGGCAGCACCCCCAACCCUGUGACCAAUGUCCGGCAGGAGGCUUACAAGAUGAGAAUGGAGGGACAGAGGAGGACCAUGGGCUCCACAGCUAACCAGGAGGCAGCACUGGCUUUGAAGGCUAUGCUCAGAUCAGAUGGAGAAGAGAGCAAGAACAAAGAUGACAAGACAGCAGGCAAGAGAACCUCGACAGAGGCUGACCUUGACAGCGACGAGGAACCUGAACCAGCUGAUGAAGUUAGACUGUGGGAAGAUGGGUGGAAAGACAGAUAUUACCAGAGCAAAUUUGAUGUUGGAGAGAAUGAUGUGGAAUUCAGGAUUAAAGUGGCACAGAACUAUGUUCGAGGUUUGUGCUGGGUAUUAAGAUACUACUACCAGGGCUGUGCAUCAUGGAAGUGGUACUUCCCAUAUCAUUACGCACCCUUUGCCUCAGACUUUAUCAACAUAGGUGAUCUGCCCAAUGACUUUGAGAUGGACACAGAGCCAUUUAAACCUUUGGAGCAGCUGAUGGGGGUGUUCCCUGCAGCCAGCAAGAAGCAUCUACCUAUUACCUGGCAGAUUCUUAUGUGUGAUCCAGAUUCUCCAGUCAUUGAUUUUUACCCCAUUGACUUCAAGAUUGACCUAAAUGGAAAGAAAUAUGCUUGGCAGGGAGUUGCUCUCCUACCUUUUGUGGAUGAGAAACGUCUCAAAGAUGCUUUGAAGAGUGUAUAUCCAGAUAUAACUUCUGAAGAAAAAUUUAGAAACAUCCGAGGAGAAGACAGGAUAUUUGUGGGCAAAAGCAAUCCUUCGCACUCAUUUUUAGAGGCUUUGUAUGAGGGAGAUGCUGUAACUGACCCCAUAGAUCUGGAUGGCAAGUUAACUUCUGGAAUACGAGGCACAGUGUGGUGUGAUACAUUGGCAGUCAUGACAGGAGAUACAGUGAAGUCUCCCCUUCCACAGCUAAAAGAUCUCAAAGACAACAAAGUCAUAAGUGCAUUGUAUAAAGACCCGCAGUAUGAACGGGGAUAUCUCUUCCCAGCUAAAUUGUUGGAAAAUGUGCAGAUGCCUCCAAAGACACUUAAGCCAGAGGGGAUGGGCAGGAACCAACCUUACAGACCACAGCUGGGUUUUGAUCGUAAUAGCCAUUACCGCAACCCAGCCGACAAAGAUAUUUCUUCUGCACAGAGGAUGAUAAGGCACAACAUGGACAGGUUUGCGGGACAGGGCACAUACAGUAAUGCACCGCCACCAGGACACUAUGGCAGAAGUUUUAUGGGUAAUGGACCACCGCCACUCAUGAGAAUGGGUGGUCCACACCAAGGUGGAUGGCAGUCCCAUGGCCACCAAGGAAAAGGUGGUGGUUAUGGCAGUCAGGGUGGCUAUGGAAGACAAGGGGGUUAUGGUAGUCAAGGAGGCUAUGGUAGUCAAGGAAGUUAUGGUAACCGUGGAGGCCAUGGUGGUGGUAGCUAUGGUAACCAGAGAGGCUAUGGCAGUGGUCCCCAGUCAUGGCAGAGGAAUAUGCAAGGACAGAGAAAUGCAUAUGAACAAAACCAACAAAGAGGUGGCCAGGGAGGCUGGCCUGAAGACAGAAGGAGCAGGUUUGACCAGGGGGGCAGAAGCGGAUAUCCACCCCCUCCUUUCCAAAGGAGAUAUUAGAGGACCAAUUUACUUAUUUUAUUCUGGUCUAGUGUUUGCUCUGUUUUUAGAUAAAACUGUACUGUCAACUCCCAUGACUCAUUUUGUCACAUUUUGUCAUAAUUUAACAAAAAGGUAAGCACAAACUAAUUUCCCUCAUGUUUUCCUGUAUUCAGGAACUAUCCUUAAUGUGAAAAGGUGCACAUUAUUUGGAUUUAAGAUAUGGCUUCAUGAUAUUUACAAAGACUAUCUGUAGAGUUGUUU